UGAACAUGCUAGAUGUUUUUCUUUUAUCCACGUUAAGAAGAUCCAAGAAGUUUCAAGACCAAUUUGAACUGUCUUUUUUCACCAACUAUAUAUACUUGUGCAAAGUUUCAAUUAUUCCACAGAAGACAACAAGGAAAUACAAUUAAUUAGUUGAUUUAAGUGGGAAAAACAAAGAUGUGCAGCUUAUUGAGGAGCAGUAAUCCAAUUGUUGGGAUGAUGAAUAUGUGUCCUGUUUUGAGUACUCCAAUUGACUGGAAAGAAACACCUCAAGCUCACUGCUUCUUCGUCGAUCUUCCAGGGCUCAGCAAAGAGGAUGUGAAAGUGGAAUUGGACAAGGGAAGAGUAGUGAAAAUUAGUGGUAAGUGGAAAGCAGAAGAAGAAAUUGGAGAUGAAAAUGAGAAGAAGAAUUUAUGGCAUAGAGUGGAACGUAAUAGGGGGGAUUUCUGCAGGAAGUUUAGGCUUCCACAAAAUAUGAAGGCAGAUCAACUCGAGGCAUCCAUGGAAAAUGGUGUCCUUAUUCUUACCGUACCUAAACAAGAGCUCAAAAAACCCUUCUCCAAAGUAAUUGAAAUUGAAGAAAAAUAAACAUGACUUUUAAGUUAUUAUUAUUGUGGAUUGCAAUUCGAAUGAAUAAAUAAAUUGUCUGUUGAUUCCAUGUUUUUAUAUGUUUUCUAUAAUCUUCCCUGUGAUUAAUAAGUGAAUAUUAUCAUCUGAA